AUGACUGCGAAACAACUCGCCUCUUCAGGGCUAUCGCUGCCCAAUGACACGUACAUUUACUCACUGGCUCGCACAACAACACUCUGUGCUGCCAUCUCCUCGGAUGAUUCACUCCGCUAUUUCGAUCCUGCAAACCUCUCGCUUAUGCAUACCGUAUCCAAAGCUCACGAGGGCAUCACAUGUCUAAAGGCGACUUCGGAUGGUAAAGGGCUGGUGACGGCGGGAAGAGAUGGUACAGUUAGAUGUUGGGAUGAGAGGGCAAAGUCUGCUGGUGUGCAAAUGGCUGAUCGUAUGUUUUCUGCUUCGUUCUCCCUUGUUGCUGCCUAG